AUCGAACCCCGAGUAAAGAAACAAGAUCCUUUAGCCGGUCACACGGCUGGAGAUGCUAUUUACCAGUCAAAAUUUACCUGGAGACAAGUUUUUACGAUGAAGAAAGAAAUCGAACUAGUGGACUACAUUAAACAGUGUUGUUAUUAUCAAUAUGGGUUAUCAUAUAAAAGUUUUCAGAAGUUAGCAUACCAAUACGCUGUCGCUAACGGCAAAGAGUUUCCUGAAAAAUGGAAUGUUUAGAAAGAAACUGGGGAGGAUUGGCUAUAUGGUUUUAUGAAACGGAAUUCGAGCCUAACUCUUCGUAAGCCAGAGCAAACUAGUUUAGCAAGACUAAAAGGUUUCUCAAAAAAAGCUGUCGACGAAUUUUAUUUAAACUUAAAAAAACUUUAUGAGGCGUAUUCAUUUCAACCAAAUGAUAUAUACAAUUUGGAUGAAACUGGUAUUACGACCGUCGUUGAUUCGCCAAAGAUAAUUGCAACGAAGGGUCAACGACAAGUUGGGCAAGCUGUUUCAGCUGAGAGAGGCAGUUUGGUCACCCUUGUAGCAAUAAUCAACGCCAGUGGAAAUCGGCUUCCCCCAGCUUACGUUUUUCCAUGCGUACGACAUAGUUCCCAAUUUUUAAAUGGAUGUGUUUCGGGGUCUAUGGGGUUAGUCAGUAAAAGUGGUUGGAUGAUGUCGGAAUUGUUUAUAGACGUCCUUAAACACAUUCAAAAUAACACAAAAUGUUCUAAAGAGAGACCGAUUCUUACUUAACGGACCAUUUAAAAAAUUUCUUCAAACAUAUUUUACUGAUUUUAUGACAAACAAUCCAGGAAAGAGAAUAACGAUAUACGAAGUUGCCCACCUGUCUAACUUACCAUUCCAAAGAGCAUUCAGAUCAGGGUGGUUACUCUGUAAGGCGUUACGAAUAGCAAUGCGUUGCGAAAGUGAAUUGCGUUGCGAAGGGAAAUCGGUACUCUGUAACACUUUCGCAUUGUAAACAGUGUUGCACUGUUUUCACGUUGACAAAUUUCCAGUCAAUUCUUUUAUUACUGACCGAAACGAAGGAGAAUGAAAACAAAAUCAAUAACAGAAAGGUGAAGAAGUGUAGAAAAUUGACAGAUAAACAUAAAAUUAAAUUUGAAGAGUUUUAUAAAUAUAUGAAAGUAAUUUUAAAUAAAUAAAAAAAGUGUGAAUAUGGAUUGCGUUGUGUUGUGGGAGGAAACGAACGAACGAAAUGAACGAGUGGAGCGGAAAAUGAUUAGAGACAAGUCCAAUGUGAUGAGUCUUAGUGAAAAAAGGCAAGUUUGAAUGAUAAAGUGUAAUGCAAUUCUUUAAACUUGUUUGUGCUUUUACUCGUAAAUAAUUUCGUGCAAAACUUUCGCCUAAGUAAGGAAUCAUUCAAAUAUGUGUUGGACAGCAUAAGUAGUGAGCUAAAAACUCCACGCAGGUUGACAGGAAUACCCGAAAUUGUGAAAUUAGCGGCCACUUUAAAAUUUUUGGCGCAGGGAGGGUAUCAACAGCAAAUUGGACAAGAUCACCACACAGGACUAGCUCAAAAAACUGUUUCCCGUUGUGUGUUUGAAGUUUGCAAAGCGAUUGAGAAAGUGCUGUGUCCAAAACACAUAACUUUUGCAAUGACUUCAGAGGAGAAAAAUGAAGCGAAACGAGCCUUUUACUCAGUGUCUGGAAUUCCAGGAGUAAUUGGAGUGGUGGAUGGUACUCACAUCCAAAUGAUACGACCGGCAGUAAAUGAACAUUUAUAUUUUAAUAGGAAAUUAAAACAUAGUAUAAACGCUAUGGUGAUAUGUGAUCAUAAGAUGAUGAUCAAAGCCAUUAACGGUCGAUUUGCUGGGGCGUGUCAUGAUUCACAUGUGUGGAAUUUGUCAAGCGAGCGCCAAUAUUUACAAACCAACUAUGUGAAUGGAGAAAUAGGAAUUCGCAUUCUGGGCGAUUCUGGUUAUCCGCUUGAGCAAUGGCUUUUAACUCCAUAUAGAAAUGCUGCUGAAAACUCUGCUGAAAGUUACUACAACUACAAAUUUUCAAAAGCCAGAUCCCUUAUCGAACGAGUAUUUGGAGUAUUAAAAGCGCGGUUCCGAUGCCUUUUAGCUGCUAGAGAACUGCAUUAUGCCCCAGAAAAAGUGGUGCAAAUUUUAAACGUAUGUUGUGCACUUCAUAAUAUUUGCACUCUUUUUAAUGUGGAAUCACCUGUAAAUAUACCAGUAGAAGUUGAAGAAGUCGAUACUAGUUAUACUGAAACCAUAGGAAAUGCGAAUGAAACCAAUAUUGCUUAACGUUUAAGAGAUCAAAUAAAAAAC